UCGCCCAUUAAAGUACAGAAACCAUCUCCAUCUCUCUGUCUUUGUAAUCUUUCUCUCCUUACUCGCGAUGGAUUUUCGCUCUCUUUCUGAUUGAAGCUUGUUGGGUUUCUUGUUUUCUGUCCUUUUCCUUCUUUUGUAUUAAUAGAAUAUUAGUUUUCAGGAUCUUUCUCGCAUUUUUAUUCGAUUUGGGUGGAAAGAAUCGAAGAAAUCGGUGUUGGUUUUGAUGGGUUUUUCUCUUUUUUUCAAUCUGGGUGCUUUUGAUUUAAUGAGAAGUUAGUAGAAAUGCACAUUUUCUGUUUUGGGUUGUCCUGGGAAUAUGGGGGAAAAGGGUCUCAAGACCUCUAUAUCUAGUAUUUGGGGUUGUGGGGUUUGCUGUAAAAUGAGUCUUUGGUGCAGGUUUAGAUGGAGAUGGAACCACUCUUUUCGAGUUCUCUCCCUCUCAUCUCCCUUCUUCUUCUUUCUCGGAUCUUUCUUCGUCGUUACCGUUAUUGGGUUUGCUUUCUUUCGUUUGAUGAUAUCUCCCUUUCGGAACCCAAAUUUGGAUUCUUUUGGAUGUCGUCCUGACAGCGAAGGAUCUUGGUCUAUUGGCGUCUUUUACGGGAAGAGUCCGUUCUCACUUUCGCCCAUUGAACUGGAAAAUCGGAAAGAUGACAGUAGUUCGGCAUGGCCUGUUGCUAAUCCUGUGUUUACGUGCGCUUCAGUCAUGGAUGCGGGUUAUCCCAGUAAUUUUGUUGCUGACCCCUUCCUUUAUAUUCAGGGAUACAAUCUGUACAUGUUUUUCGAGACGAAAAAUUCUAUUACAAUGCAAGGGGACAUUGGUGUUGCGAGAAGUGUUGAUCAAGGUGUGACAUGGGAAUAUUUGGGCAUUGCUUUGGAUGAGGAAUGGCAUCUAUCUUAUCCAUAUGUUUUCAACUACCAUGGGCAAAUAUACAUGAUGCCCGAGGGCAGUGAAAGGGGGGAUCUUCGACUUUAUCGGGCAACUGAAUUUCCUCUCCUGUGGACAUUGGAGAAGGUUCUUAUAAACAGGCCACUCAUAGACACUUCUCUCAUCCAGUAUGAAGGAUACCAUUGGCUCUUUACUUCAGAUUUCAGCCGAUUCGGUACCAAGGAUAAUGCAGAGCUAGAAAUUUGGUACAGUAACUCACCUCUUGGCCCCUGGAAACAGCACAAGAGAAACCCAAUACACAAAAGUAACAGGAGCUUGGGAGCCCGAAAUGCAGGGAGGCCUUUUAUUUAUGAAGGGUUCCUGUACCGCAUGGGCCAGGACUGUGGUGAUACAUACGGCCGAAGAGUCCGUGUUUUCAAAGUGGAAACGCUCACCACUGAGGAUUACAAAGAAGUCCCAGUUCCUCUGGGAAUUGAGGAGUUGAAUAAAGGCUGCAAUGCCUGGAAUGGCUUCAGGUACCACCACCUAGACGCUCAGCAGCUCCCUUCGGGUGACUGGAUUGCAGUAAUGGAUGGAGACCGUGUACCUUCCGGUGACUUGACUCAUAGGGUUUUGGUUGGAUGCAUGGUAGUCCUGUUGCUAGUGACACUGAUUACUGUUGUGGGUUUCUUAGUCGGAGCCCUCAACUGCAUUGUUCCUCCAAUCUGGUCUAUGACUUCUAGUAGGAGAAAUGACUCUUCAUGGUUUCGGGCUCGGCCCCUAUACAAUUCAAAGAUUCGCAGAUCUUUGUCGUGCUUGAUCCGAUGCUGUUCUGCCGUUAGAGCGAGACUGAGUCCAAGUAGGUGUUCCGGAAUGUUGGUUCUCUGUCUUCUUUGUGUUACUGGGGCCGUGUUGGUUUGCGUGGCUGUGCAGUUUCUGUUUGGCGGCAAUGGUGCCGAGGAGGCUUUUGCUUUCAAGGGGCACUAUUCUCAGUUUACAAUGCUCACCAUGACGUACGAAGCUCGGCUCUGGAAUUUGAAGCUGUAUGUCAAGCACUAUUCUCGUUGUGCUUCUGUGAGAGAGAUUGUCGUUGUCUGGAACAAAGGAACUCCUCCCAACUUGGAGGAUUUCGACUCUGCUGUUCCUGUGCGUGUCCGUGUGGAGGAACACAACUCUCUCAACAACCGUUUCAAGGUCGACCCUCUCAUAAAAACAAGAGCCGUACUUGAGCUCGACGAUGAUAUUUUGAUGACGUGCAAUGAUCUCGAGAGGGCGUUCCGGGUCUGGCGGGAGCAUCCGGAGAGGAUCGUGGGCUUUUACCCACGGCUGCUUGAAGGGAGCCCAUUGGAGUACCGGGACGAGAGGUAUGCAAGGAAGAGGAAGAGUUACAAUGCCAUAUUGACCGGCGCCGCAUUCAUGGACAGUGAAUUCGCUUUCAAGAGAUACUGGAGCGAAGAAGCAAGGGAAGGGCGGGCCAUCGUUGAUCACUAUUUCAACUGCGAAGAUGUGCUGAUGAACUUCCUCUUUGCAAAUGCAAGCUCAUCAAGGACGGUGGAGUACAUUCAUCCUGCAUGGGCCAUCGACACUUCGAAGCUGUCGGGCGCUGCUAUCAGCCGGAACACUCAAAUGCACUACAGGAUCAGGACGAACUGCUUGUCAAAGUUCUCUGCAAUUUAUGGCCCACUCUCCCCACAGAAAUGGGAGUUUGCCGGCCGGGAAGAUGGUUGGGAUGUAUAGGCCUGCAGGAAGAGCUGAUUCAAGCUUUCACCGGUUAAAUAGCUAGUGUUGGUGGUCACAAGCCGCAGGCAGAUUAUAGAUAGGUUACAACACACAGACAAAAGCAAUUUUUCAGGAUCUUCAAACCUCAAUUAGAUAUGGGAUGGACAGAGUAAAAUGGCUGACACAAGUGACAUUUUGAGGACACGGAACUUGCAGUUACAUUACGAUGGGCUGUGAAACUGUAAGAAGGUUGUCGGUUAGCAGAAGAUGAGAAACAGAUAAUGUCCCAAAUGCUAAUAUGCAAGUCCAGAUCAGCAUUCAGUUCUAUUUAGUGGUUGUUUAUUUAAUUGUGGCCUGUUUUGGGUGGCCCAUUUUUACCAAUGUUGAUGAUGACCCAUCUGCUGAUUGGUGGGCCACACUUGCAUAUUUUGCCAUGAUGCUGGCAUUUGUAUCGGCAGAUGCAUACAGGUUGGUGAGAAACUUGGUUCACUAAGAUGUUUCUGAUCUUUGUUUAUGUGAAUGUGAAUAUUUUUUUAAUGUCUAUUGGAAGUUAGCCGUAGCUCUGAAAUGAACAAAGAUUUACGUUUUUCUUGUUU